GCAGCCCAAAGUGUUACACCAAACCCAACGUACCAACCACGCGCACAUUUCCGAAACGUCUGUUCUGUGUUUGAAAGAAAGAACCUGAAACCGAUUUGGUUGGUUGGGGUUGGAGAAGAAGAAAGUUGAAGGCGUCGGAAAAAAUGGGAGUGGCGGCGAAAAUCGCACCGUCGAUGUUAUCGUCGGACUUCGCCAAUUUGGCGUCGGAGGCUCACCGGAUGCUCCAAUUUGGCGCCGAUUGGCUUCACAUGGACAUCAUGGAUGGGUAGGUUUUGGUGCUUUGCUCAUGCAGUAAUUUCUAUGGCUUAUUUUUUCCAUAAGCUGGGAUUUGGGCAUUUUGUCCCAAAUCUAACAAUUGGUGCACCAGUCAUCGAGAGUUUGCGGAAGCAUACAAAGGCAUAUUUGGAUUGCCACCUUAUGGUCACAAAUCCUCUUGAUUAUGUUGAGCCUUUAGGGAAAGCUGGUGCUUCAGGUUUUACUUUCCAUGUGGAAGUGUCCAAGGAAAAUUGGCAAGAACUUAUCCAAAGAAUUAAGUCAAAGGGCAUGAGGCCAGGCGUGGCAUUAAAGCCUGGGACACCCAUCGAAGAAGUUUUUCCUCUGGUUGAAAGUGAAAAUCCUGUGGAAAUGGUCCUUGUUAUGACUGUUGAACCUGGAUUUGGUGGACAAAAGUUCAUGCUGGAUACAAUGGAUAAGGUGCGGACACUGAGAAAGAAGUUCCCUGCACUUGAUAUAGAAGUAGAUGGUGGGUUGGGGCCCUCAACCAUUGAAGUGGCAGCUUCAGCAGGAGCAAACUGCAUUGUAGCAGGAAGUUCAGUUUUUGGAGCAGCUGAGCCAGCCCAAGUGAUAUCUAUUUUGCGAAAUAGUGUUGAAGAAGCCCAAAGAAUCAGUUGAUGUCGGGUUCACUUUAUAUCCUUCUCUGUAUGUUUCAACAGUGUAUUCUAUGCUAUUGUCCCUAUUGCUGUGGUCCAAUUUUGAUAAAAUGACAUAAAUUUCUCGAUGUUAUCUUUCUCUAAGUCUAAUAAGUGACCCAUCCGAGGAUAUGUAACCAUUGUUUGAAUUAAUACAUGCUGAUAUCUUGAAAGAUAUUUCCCACUAAA